ACAACCAGCGUGGAGAUGGAACUUGCGCUUGCUGUGAAGCAGACCAUUACGCCAACAAGGUGGAUUAAUGAUUCUGAAACGAUAGAGAGUGAAAAUGGAGAUGUUGCAAUUGUUGGGAUGGGCCUUCGCACCUUGGUGUCCAACUCACAGACAGCCUUUUACAUCAUUCUGGUGAUACUGGGAAUUAUUGGCAAUACCAUUGUGAUUGGAGUAAUUGGGAAGAGUGUGAUACUGGACCAAGGUGGUGGACAUAACUCGGACAUCAUCAUUAUUAAUAUGGCACUGUCCAACUUGAUGGUGUCUCUCAUGAGGAACACAAUGCUUGUCAUCUCAGACUUUGGCUUAGAGAUGUACUCAUCUAAAGGGUUGUGUCAGCUUCUCAUGGGAGUUUGGGUGUGGCUGCGAUCAGUCAAUGUGUGGUCAACAUUCUUCCUCAGCGCUUUCCAUCAUCAAACUCUGAAGCGCAUUGCUCCUCCUGUUGGGAACCCUCAAGCUGUCCGAGGGACUCCAAAGAGCCUGCUUUUCAGUUUAAGCUUGAUCUGGUUUAUCAACCUUCUUUACUCCAUUCCUGCUUUCAUCUUUUCCACCAGAGGGAAUAUGAACUCUACUGAGACCCUGAUGCUGGUAACCAGCACAACGCGCCCACUGCUAGGCUGUGUGUGGAAUUUCCCCUCCAGCUACGAUGGCUUGGCGUAUGCUACAGCAUCGAUGGUGAUACAUGAAAUAUUUCCCAUCGUCUUGAUGACAUGUACCAACCUGAACUCCCUGCACACCCUCUACACGCAUGGAAGGGUGCGGAGUUUAGCUAUAGAUGCCCCUAUAAUAAAGCGGGUUCCAGCUGAGAGGCGAGCUGCAAAGGUGAUUCUUGCCCUCGUCAUGCUCUUCAUUGUAUCUUGGGGAACCAGCAUUAUCUCUGUCAACUACUUCAACUACAACAAGGGUUCAUCAACCGAAUAUCUUUUGGUCAUCUCUCGUUUUGCCAAUAUCAUUUUCAUUGCAUUGUCACCUGUUGUCCUGGCAUUUGGUCACCGCCGACUCCGUUCCUGGAUCAAGUCUUUUCUUGUUCACUAA